CACAGGGCCUCCUCCCCAUCAGGCCUUGCGGUAGAAACAUAACCGGCGCCCUUCGGUGAGGACUAAAGAUGGCGUCCGCCACCAGAUUCAUCCAGCUGUUGAGGAAUUGGACGUCAGGGCAAAACCUGCAGGCGAAGCUGCAGCUGCGCUACCAGGAGAUCUCCAAGCGAACUCAGCCUCCUCCUGCGCUCCCUGUGGGCCCCAGCCACAAGCUCUCCAACAAUUACUACUGUACUCGUGAUGGCCGCCGGGAAGCUGUCCCCCCCUCGGUCAUCAUGUCCUCCCAGAAGGCGCUGGUGUCAGGCAAGCCAGCAGAGAGUGGUUCUUGUUACCAUCCGAUUCACUUGAGUCCAGACCAGAGUGUGGCAAACCACUCUCCCCUCCCACCGCCACCCACCGCUCGGCCCCGACAAUACCUAUGGAGGCUGCCAUUUGCCUUUUCCGUCUCCUGGAGGCUCCCAGGAAGGUGGAAGGCCUGGGACUUCUGCUCCUGGGGGACUACCCCCAUGAUAAUCGUCCGCCCACCUGCCCUCUCUCCUUCCUGCUUUUGCUGUGUGUCAGCUUCCCCAGCCCUAGGCCCCUAGGGGCUUGGGGAGGGGAGUGGGCUUGCCUUGGAAUGCCCGGCAGUGUCUCUUUGGCCAACCCUGGGCCCCAUGAUGUAUCUUUAAAUUUUGUACUAACUCUGAGCUUCACUAGACUGAGGCUUCGUGAGGGCGGGGCCCUGUGUUCAUGCCCAGUGCUGGGCAUGUCAUUAUGUGAAGGACAACAAUGGACGUGCAUCACCCGGCUGCUCAGGCAGGUGGAGGUGGGGAGGGGCUGUCUCAUUCCAUCCUGGGGACUGUGGCAGGGAAGGGGGCUGGAAGAGGAGCCCAGCUCUACAUAGCUGGAUUCUGGGCCCAGGAGUCAGGGCAGGCCAACCUGAGGCUCAGGGGCAGAAAGGGGGCUUGGCAGCCCCCUGCAGAGAAUUGGUGGACCUGUUGAGGGACCCCAUUGGUGGGGCCCAGGAGGGGCGUGGGUGUCCUGGAACACCCCAUGUGCAGUCCUCCAGAUCCACACAGUCCCAGCAGGCACGUUUAUAUCGGGGCAGGCGUGACCUCCCGCUGACCCUCCCAUGCUGUCCUCCCUCACUGCAGCCUUUCUU